CCUCUUCUUCUUCCUCCUCUUCUUUUCUUCCCUUUUUUUUGUUCACUUGUUCUCCUUCACUCAUAACCAUGGCUAACUGGAAGUAGCUGCAUCUGGGUCAGAAGACCAACUUUUCUUCUAGCUGUUUCAUGGGAUUUGCCAUCACCGUGAUAUUACCUAAUUGUGGAAGUAAGUUCUUGCCAAAGAGGAGUUUCAGAGACAAAAGUGCUUUCUCUCUUGCCAUUUGCUUGGAGUUCUGUUCUCUCUGUCAUUUCCUUCAUCCUGCACAGCCUUUAUCGGUCAGGCAUCAAAGGAGAAUGUCAUGGACAACAAUCAGAAGCUCGGUUGGUGGGGGCAGAUUCGAUCCACCAUCCGGUUCUUCAGGUAAUAAAAGCUCUAGACGUCCAAGACUAAUCAAAGCCAUACAAGAUCUCAGAACUAAACUUCUGGUGAAAGUUGAGGAGAUAAAGAAAGAUCUCCCCAUGAAAAUGUUGUUUCUCUUAGUGGGAUUCUACUCUGCAACUGCAUUCUCUACAUUUAUAGGACAAACAGGAGACUGGGAUGUUCUAUCUGCUGCAUUGGCUGUAAUUGUAGUCGAAUGCAUUGGAGCUUUAAUGUACAGAGCAUCCGUUCCAUUAAUCAACAAGAUGCGGAGCAUAAUCACCAUGUUUAACUAUUGGAAGACCGGACUCGCCCUUGGACUGUUCCUAGACUCAUUCAAGUUUUAGCUCAGACCUCGGAAAGCAACAACAGCUGCCUGGGUCAAGAAUGGCGUGGUAAGAAGAAUUUGACAAGUUGUGUGUCCCCUUUAUUGUUAUGAAGGCUUUAACGUCGUUCAAGACAAAGGUCUGAACUUUUCAAAGGACUAACUAGAAGACAUGGGACCAAACCUUUUGAUCUCUACGAAAAGCAAGUCACCACCAAACAAUGCUGGAGCCUUGUCUGUAUAGCCUUAUAUUUGAUUUUUGAACUGCAAAAUUAUUGCAUUGCACAUCGAUAAGUUAUAUAAAA